GUCUUGCUUGGCAAGCUAACCAGACCUUUCCCUCAAUGCUCAACACCACAUUUACAAUCAGAUAUAGCUAGCUGACGUUACAUGUGAUUCUGUAAUUUCAAACUAUCUUAGCUAUGUUGAUGGUUUGCUAAUCAAGUGUAUAUUUAGGGCACAUUUGGAAUACAAUGCCAUCUUCGAUGGAAGGAUCUUCUAGAGAAGGUGACCUGUUUACUGUGAAACAUGAGCUGAAAAAUGCCAACCUGACCGGCCACAUAGAGAGGGUGGGCAUCGAGAACUUUGAGCUGCUAAAGGUGCUGGGAACUGGAGCCUAUGGCAAGGUGUUCCUGGUGCGCAAAGUGAGCGGUCACAAUGCAGGGCAACUAUACGCCAUGAAGGUGUUGAAGAAGGCCACAAUAAUACAGAAGGCCAAGACAGCAGAGCACACACGCACAGAGAGACAGGUUCUGGAACACAUCAGGCAGUCACCGUUCCUCGUUACCCUCCACUACGCCUUCCAGACGGACACCAAGCUGCACCUCAUUCUAGAUUAUGUGAACGGUGGGGAGCUCUUCACACACCUGGUGCAGAGGGUUCGGUUCAAGGAGCAGGAGGUAGCUUUGUACAGUGGAGAGAUGGUGCUGGCACUGGAGCACCUACACCAGCUGGGGAUAGUCUACAGAGACCUGAAGCUGGAGAACAUCCUCAUGGACUCCAGCGGGCACAUAGUGCUCACAGACUUUGGCCUGAGCAAAGAGUUUGAUGAGUUGGAGAGGGCUUACUCUGUCUGUGGCACCAUUGAGUACAUGGCCCCAGAGAUCGCAGCGGGAGGAGAGGCUGGACAUGACAUGGCAGUAGACUGGUGGAGCCUUGGGGUAUUGAUGUAUGAACUUAUGACAGGCGGAUCACCAUUCACCGUCGAUGGAGACGACAACUCUCACACAGAUAUUGCCAAGAGGAUCUCAAAGAAGGACCCUCCGUUCCCCAAAGACAUGGGCCCUCUGGCCAAAGACCUCAUCCAGGGCCUCCUCAUCAAAGACCCAAAGAAGAGACUGGGCUCUGGGCCUGACGGAGCAGAAAACGUUAAGAAACAUCCAUUCUACCAGAAGAUUAACUGGGAGGACUUAGCAGCUAAGAGGGUGCCCGCCCCGUUCAAGCCGGUGAUCAGGGAUGAGCUAGAUGUCAGCAACUUUGCGGAGGAGUUCACUGAAAUGGACCCCACCUACUCCCCUGCAGCUCUGCCUCAGAACUGUGACCGCAUCUUUCAGGGCUACUCGUUCAUGGCCACCUCUCGCUUCACAUUUCUGCUUCAUGUAAUACCCCCUCUCUCUGUCUCUCUGUCCUGGUUACAGGGCUACUCGUUCAUGGCCCCCUCCAUCCUGUUCAAGUGGAACGCUGUAAUGGACGACACACUACAGCUGUGUGGAGGAUCAGGGUCACAGAGGCCGGGGUCUGCUGCUGUGGCCCGCAGUGCCAUGAUGAAGGACUCUCCGUUCUAUAUGAACUAUGAGAUGAACCUGAAGGACAAUGCUCUGGGCGAGGGCAGCUUCUCCAUCUGUAGGCAGUGCACCCACAAGAAGACUGGCCAGAAGUACGCUGUGAAAAUCGUCAGCAAGAGGAUGGAGGCCCAGACACAGAAAGAGAUUGCAGCUCUGAAGCUCUGCGACGGCCACCCCAACAUCGUCAAGACUCACGAGAUUUACCAUGAUCAGCUGCAUACGUACCUGGUGUUGGAGCUGCUGCGUGGUGGAGAGCUGCUGGAGAGGAUACGGAGGAAGCAGCACUUCAGUGAGACUGAGGCCAGCCGCAUCAUGAGGAGACUGGUGUCAGCCGUCAGCCACAUGCACGAUGUAGGAGUGGUGCACAGGGACCUCAAGCCAGAGAACUUGCUGUUCACAGAUGAGAGUGAGAACUCUGAGAUAAAGAUCAUAGACUUUGGCUUCGCCCGGCUGAAGCCCCCAGACAACCAGCUGCUGAAGACGCCGUGUUUCACCCUGGCCUACGCCGCGCCGGAGAUCCUCAAAUACGACGGCUACGACGAGUCAUGUGACCUCUGGAGCCUGGGCGUCAUCCUGUACACCAUGCUGUCGGGUCAGGUGCCAUUCCAGUGUCAGGGGAAGAGUUUGACCCACACCAGCGCCGACGAGAUCAUGAGGAAGAUUAAACAGGGAGACUUCUCCUUCGAGGGCGAGGCCUGGAGGAGUGUCUCGCAGCAGGCCAAGGACCUUAUACAAGAGCUGCUGACAGUGGACCCUGACAAGCGGAUAAAGAUGUGUGGUCUGAGGUACAACGCCUGGCUCCAAGACGACAGCCAGCUCUCCUCCAACCCCCUGAUGACACCAGACAUCCUGGGCUCCUCCACCACCGUGUCCGUACACACCUACGUCAAGGCUACCUUCAACGCGUUCAACAAGUGUAAGCGGGAGGGUUUCCGUCUGCAGACGGUGGACAAGGCCCCGCUGGCCAAGAGGAGGAAGAUGAAGAAGACCAGCACCAGCACAGAGACCAGGAGCAGCUCCGGUGAGAGCACCCACUCCUCUUCCUCCUCCUCCCAGUCCCACCAGGACACCCACUCCUCUUCCUCCUCCUCCCAGACCCACCAGGACACCCACUCCUCUUCCUCCUCCUCCCAGACCCACCAGGACACCCACUCCUCUUCCUCCUCCUCCCAGACCCACCCGGACACCCACUCCUCUUCCUCCCAGACCCACCAGGUGAAGACGGGUGGAGACCCCAACCCUCCACCCCAGCCCUCCAACACCACCCCUGUCACGACACCCCUCGCCCUGGGCUCAGACGGCGACCCUGCCCCGGAACGCCCGCGCCCUCCAGCCUUCCACUUCUCACAAUGAGAGACAGGCGGUGUAUUAAAAGGAGAUCAGCCUGAGCACGGCUGAUUCGCUAAUCUUAAUUUGUAGGUCAGUCUUUCUGUGCGGUCACAUGCGGUCGAUCUCAAAACACGCACUGAGCGAGCAAGGGGAAAGAAGGCAGGGAGAAGGCCUGCGCCGUCAGAAAGAUGGCUGGACAGACGGCAGGGAGAACCCUCUAUUGUUCUCUCCCUCUCUUGCUCUCCUUCCAUGGCAGCUCGCAGUAUAUCAGUCACACGCAUGGACAGCAAGCGCACGCACGCCUCAAACUGAGCAUGCAGUGGGAGCAGGAACCACCUCUCGGUCAUUGCUAGCAGUAGACACACGCCAAAUGAUAAGGGCUGCUCUAUGGAUUCAGGGCUAGACAGCGGCGAGAACCCUCUACAACCACAACUCUGUUUCAGUCAUGUAUUUUUGUUUGUUUGUUCGUUUGUCAGGUUUAGUAGAUUGUCGUCCUGGUUGUGUUUCUUGGUCUCUUUUUAUACUGGCAUGUUGCCAAAAAUGGACCGCUAAGCCACAAGUACUGCAGCUUCUCACAUUGGGGUGAACCUCUAGUUUUUAAAGCGCAGCACAUAUAUUUUGCAGGAUUUUAUGUAUGACAAUAAUGCAGACCGAAAUUCUUUCUUCUUUUUGUGUUAACUUAUUAAUGGUUCACAGAUGUUUAUGAUAGAUGGAAAAGCUCAGACCACCAACCUGAGAUCUAGAACCCCCCUGAGAUCUAGACCCAGUGUCACGCAGGUUGAUGUUAUGUUUCAGGUCUAUUCAGUGUUUUGUUGUGGACGACAAAUAGUAGGGUAGGAUCCUCAUAUACAUCAACUUGUCUUGAAGGUGGCAGGGGAGUUACAAGUACUGUGCCAAAAACCUCUACCUUUUCUACAUUAGAUGCUGUCUCCUGCCCUUGUGUCUGUCUGUGUGUGUGUGUCUGUCUGUCUCUAAAGUUUUAGAACACCUACUCAUUCAAGUGUUUUUCUUUUGACAAAACAUUGUAGAAUAAUAGUGAAGACAUCAAAACUAUGAAAUAACACACAUGGAAUCAUGUAGUAACCAAAAACGUGUUCCAAAAAUCAAAAUAGAUUUUAUAUUGGAGAUUCAGCCACCCUUUGCCUUUGACAGCUUUGCACACUUGGCAUUCUCUCAACCAGCUUCAUGAGGUAGUCACCUGGAAUGCAUUUCAAUUAACAGGUGUGCCUUAAAAGUUAAUUUGUGGAAUUUAUUUCCUUAAUGAGCCAAUCAGUUGUGUUGUGACAAGGUAGGGGUGGUAUACAGAAGAGAGCCCUGUUUAGUAAAAUACCAAGUCCAUAUUAUGGCAAAAACCGCUCAAAUAAGCAAAUCGAAAUGACAGUAACUGACCUUCAUGUCUUAAAUUAACAAUCUGGAAAAUUUCAAGAACUUGAAAGUUUCUUAACUGCAAUCGCAGAAACCAUUAUAGCGCUAUGAUGAAACUGGCUCUCAUGAGGACAGGAAUGGAGGACCACCACAGGAAUGGAAGACCUAGAGUUACCUCUGCUGCAGAGGAUAAGUUCAUUACAGUUACCAGCCUCAGAAAUUGCAGCCCAAAUAAAUUCUUCAGAGUUCAAGUAACGGACGCAUCUCAACAUCAACUGUUCAGAGGAGACUGCGUGAAUCAGGCCUUCAUGGUUGAAUUGCUGCAAAGAAACCACUACUAAAGGACACCAGUAAUAAUCUGUCCUUUUCCAUGAGUCCAAAUUAGAGAUUUUUGGUUCCAACCGCUGUGUCUUGGUGAGACGCAGAAUAGGUGAACGGAUGAUCUCUGCAUGUGUAUUUCCCACUGUGAAGCAUGGAGGAGGUGGUGUGGGGGUGCUUUGCUGGUGACACUGUCUGAUUUUGUUUUGAAUUCAAGGCACACUGAAACAGCAUUGCUACCACAGCAUUCUGUAGCGAUACGCCGUCACAUCUGUUUUGCGCUUAGUGGGACUAUUAUUUGUGUUUCAACAGGGCAAUGACCCCACACACCUCCAGGUUGUGUAAGGGCUAUUUGACCAAAAAGGAGAGUGAUUGAGUGUUGUAUUAGAUGACCUGGCCUCCACAAUCACCCGACCUCAACCAAAUUGAGAUGGUUUGGGAUGAGUCGGACCGCAGAGUGAAGGAAAAGCAGCCAACAAGUGCUCAGCAUAUUUAUUUAUUUUAAUUUGACCUUUAUUUAACUAGGCAAGUCAGUAAUAUAAAAUAACAAAUUCUUAUUUUCAAUGACAACCCACUGUUCCUAGGCUAACUGCCUGUUCAGGGGCAGAAUGACAGAUUUGUACCUUGUCAGCUCGGGGAUAUGAACUUGCAACCUUUCAGUUACUAGUCCAACGCUCUAACCACUAACCCUGCCUAUAUGUGGGAACUUCUUCAAGACUGUUGGAAAAGCAUUCCAGGUGAAGCUGGUUGAGAGAAUGCCAGGACUGUGCAAAGGGUGGCUAUUUUGAAGAAUCUCAAAUAUAUUAUGAUUUAAGAUUUUUUGGGGGGGGUUACAAUAUGAUUUCAUAUGUGUUAUUUCAUAGUUUUAAUGUCUUUGCUAUUAAUCUUCAAAAUAGAAAAUAGUAAAAAUAAAGAAGAACCCUUGAAUGAGUAGGUGUAUCCAAUAUUGACUGGUACUGUGUCUGGCUCUGCUUCAGACUACUACAAAACAGUUCACUGGUUGCUAUUUUUGUAGAAACAUAAAUGAAUCUCCUUUCAUCGUGUCUUUCUCUGUAUUCUAGUGUUGCAGGACUGAGAUAAUGGUUGGUUGGCGUUCUUGGGACACGCACUGUGGUUUGAACUCUUGUGAUGCACAUCUUGACAUGUUGCUUUGCGAAGAGCGCCUCGACUUGGCUUUCUUUAUCUACUAGAGUAUUUAGAAACGGCAUUCUGUGGAAACACACUUUUAGGUAGCGACCUGUUAAGAUCUGCAUGCGAUGUUUCCUUUCUAUGCAAGUACUCACAUGUUUCCCCAUUCGGAUCAUAUUGGUGAGGAUCCUUCAUGUCUGAAUAUCUGUAUGACACUGUCUGACUGUCGGAGGCGAGAACUUGUUUAUUUCUAGACAACGGGGCACAGGGACUUGUCAGCUUGCUUUUCGGGUUGAGGGCUUCAUUUGAACUCAGUUCAUGCUGAAACCAUAAAUAUAUUAUUGCUCUCCCCAUUUCUUGCAGUCCACUCCAAAAAAGGUCUGAACCUAUAGCUUGAUAUGUCAACAGGGAACACUGUUUACACACACACACACACACACACACACAUGCACUUCUCAGUUUCAUGGACUAAAAGGCUGAACCCUAGAAGCUAAAUAGUACAAAGCUCUUCUCUUCUCCUGACUUCAUUCUGCAUGAGUUCCCUCCCUCCUUCUUUUCUGCCCCAUUAAACCUAAAGAAGUUGUUUGAGUCUAUUAAUAGACUAGAGAGCACAACCCACAGAAGAGAGGAAGCAGGGGAUGGGAGGACCGGAAGAGAGGGUGGGGG